AUUUAAGUGCCGUUGCACACGACUGCCUGGGCAAAAUAGCAACAGAGACCGACGAUUGCGAUAGUCAGGGCAGUCAACGUAGUCGUCACUUAUCAACAAAGCUGAAAAGAAAAAUUCUGACAAGUAACAGCAACAUGAUUCCAACAAUAACGAAAAACUAUCAGAAUGUGGUCAUCAGCACGGGUAACAUCAUCAAUAAUGAGUUGGGACAGCGGAAGUCCAAUGAGGAGCUGUACGAUGGAUUGAAAAUCACCCUGCACAGUGAUCCUAAUUCAGAGAGCGUGGUGGUUGAAGUUGACCAGCGGCAUGGCCGCGUGCUCUGUGCUACACAGGAACUGAAUAGUCGACUAACAGAGAAUGGACGCAAUGAGAUUAGCAUUGGUGCAAAAAUAUUCCUCAACAAAAAUUCGACAGAAUGCAUCAAUCAGGCCGUCGAAGCGUUGCUCAACAUACUCAAUGUGACGCAUGUAGACAACGUGGUGCUGGCUUACCAUCCCAAUGUCUCUGCCGUUGCCAGCGCAACAACACUAGCCACAACAGCAAAGAGUCCCUGCUCAGAGGGGAGCAGCGACAGCGGAAGCAGCUCCAGCGUUACUGAUGCGGCCAACAGUUGGAGCGCACGUAACGGCGUGCAAGGCAUAGCAGACCUAAAGUUACUCUACAAAUGCUUGGAGCAAUACGCAUUUAAACAUAAAAUCAAACAGUUGGGUGUUGCCGAUCUCGAUGGAAAGACUUUGGCUGAGCUAUACAAAUCGGCUGAGGUGGUGCCCACCAUAGCACAGGUAAAUCUGGCCACCUGUUGCGUAGUGCCAGCUGAACUUCAUGAAUUUUGUCGCGAACAUGAGUUGGUACUUAAUACACACAGCGAUCCAGAGCUGCUGUUGGCUGAAGAGCAAUUCGCAUGCUUGGCCCCCGGCUAUACAAUCGAUUGGUGUUUGCGCUACCAAGUGCAUGUCCGCUGUCGUAGCGUCCUUACUGCCAAGGGCUAUAUAGUGGGUGCCUCCCAGCCGAGCACUGAUAAUUAGAAGCGGAAUGGAAGGUUGGCAUAGCCUGAAGCUAAGCUGAACUUUUAAUAUAUAUAAAUAAGUAUUUGUGUGUAUGCAUGUAAUACUGUACUUAUUGUUUGUUAUACAAAACCCACGAUCGAGAUGAGAACAGAAGUGAGUGACACUCCGCAGCGAGUGAGUACUUCAAACGAUUGGAUUGUGAACUGUCUUUCUGAUUUUUUUUUUUGCUUUGAAUAUAAACAGUUACUGAA